AUGGGUUCCGUUGUCGAGGGUGAUGUCUCCGUCGAGAGCAUCUCGCCGUUCGGCAAGGCUCGCUCGACCAUCAAGGACGCCCCUCUGAGUGAGGAAGAGCUGAAGCUCACCGAUGAUUACAUGCGCGCCAGCUUGUAUCUGUGCCUGGGUAUGCUCUAUCUCCGGCAGAACCCGCUGCUCAAAGAGCCCCUCAAAGUCGAGCAUCUCAAAGCCCGGCUUCUCGGACAUUGGGGUUCCGAUGCCGGUCAAAUCUUCACCUACGUGGCUAUGAACCGGCUCAUCAAGAAAUACGACCUCGACGUCAUCUUUAUUUCGGGACCCGGCCACGGUGCGCCAGCAGUUAUCUCCCAGGCCUAUCUGGAGGGCGUCUACACCGAAGUCUACCCAGACAAAUCAGAAGAUGUCGAAGGACUGAGGAAGUUCUUCAAGCAGUUCUCGUUCCCAGGGGGCAUUGGCAGUCAUGCUACGCCCGAGACUCCAGGUAGUCUGCACGAAGGAGGACCUCUGGCGACUAGCUGGCAUAGCACCAAGUUCCUGAACCCCAUCACCGACGGCGCUGUUCUCCCCGUCCUCCACCUCAACGGCUACAAGAUCAACAACCCGACACUCCUCGCCCGGAUCAGUCACCGGGAGCUGGAAGCGCUUUUCAUCGGAUAUGGAUGGACUCCGUAUUUCGUCGAGGGCAGUGAUCCCAUGAGUAUGCACCAGGCCAUGGCCGCCACUUUGGAGAAAGCAGUCCAAGACAUCAGAGGCUACCAGAAGAAAGCGCGUGAGUCAGGGAAAGCAUUCCGCCCACUGUGGCCCAUGAUCAUUCUUCGGAGUCCCAAGGGAUGGACGGGCCCGCGGACAGUUGACGGCCACUAUCUCGAGGGCUACUGGCGAGCUCAUCAGAUUCCUCUUCCCAACGUCGCGUCCAGCCCGGAACACCUCAAACUCCUGGAGAAGUGGAUGAAGAGCUACAACCCCGAGAGAUACUUCACCGAGGACGGCAAACUGAUCCCAGAGCUGAAAAAGGUUGCUCCGGAAGGCAACAGACGUAUGAGUGCGAACCCGGUCGCCAAUGGCGGACUGAUCAAGAAACCCCUGCUUAUGCCCGACUUCCGCGAGUACAGCCUGCCUGUCGAGAAAGGGGGUAUCACGGACGCGCCCAGCAUGUCCAAUUUUGCCAACUUCCUUCGCGACAUCAUCCAGAAGAACCCUCACAACUUCCGACUGUUCGGUCCUGACGAGACCGAAUCCAACAAGCUUGGCGGCGUGUACGCCGCCGGCAAGAAGGUCUGGUUGGGCGAAUACUUUGACGAAGACGCGGACGGUGGCAAUCUGGCAUUUGAAGGUCGCGUCAUGGAAAUGCUCAGCGAGCACACCGUCGAGGGCUGGCUCGAGGGAUACCUUUUGUCAGGCCGCCACGGCAUGCUCAACAGCUACGAACCCUUCAUCCACAUCAUCGACUCGAUGGUGAACCAGCACUGUAAAUGGAUCGAGAAGUGCCUCGAGGUCGAGUGGCGCGCCAAGAUUGCUUCGCUCAACAUCCUCCUCACGGCCACCGUCUGGCGUCAAGACCACAACGGCUUCACGCACCAAGACCCGGGCUUCCUCGACGUCGUGUGCAACAAAUCCCCCGAAGUCGUGCGCAUCUACUUGCCGCCUGACGGGAAUUGCCUCCUCUCCGUGAUGGACCACUGCUUCCGCAGCAGCAACUACGUCAACGUCAUUGUGGCCGACAAGCAGAACCACCUGCAAUACUUGGACAUGGAAGCCGCGAUCGAGCACUGCACCAAGGGCGCCGGUAUCUGGGACUGGGCCUCCAACGACCAAGGCGAGGAGCCGGACGUGGUCAUGGCCUCCUGCGGCGACGUGCCCACCAUGGAAGCCCUCGCCGCCACGGCCUUGCUGCGCGAAUACAUCCCCGAGCUGAAGAUCCGAUUCGUCAACGUGGUCGACCUGUUCAAGCUGAUCCCGCACGGAGACCACCCGCACGGCAUGACGCAGCGCGACUUUGAAGCCCUCUUCACGGCCAACAGACCCGUCAUCUUCAACUUCCACUCCUACCCGUGGUUGAUCCACCGGCUCACCGCCCAGCGACCGAGCCAACAAAACCUGCACGUCAGGGGCUACAAUGAGAAAGGCAACAUCGACACGCCCCUGGAGUUGGCCAUCCGCAACCGCACCGAUCGGUUCAGUCUCGCGAUGGAGGCCCUGGACCGCAUGCCUGAGCUGGGCAACAAGGGUUCCAGUGCGAGGGAGAAGCUGCUCAGCAGCCAGAUCAAGUACCGCACCAUCGCGUUCAACGAGGGCAUCGACCCCGAGGAGAUCAGGAAUUGGAAAUGGCCCUUUUAA